AAUAUUGUAUAUGUCUGUGCGUUUUCUACACGGAUCGACAACAUAGCCACUGCCCCUACUGCAUUCCCGGAAGUGAUGAUAUUUGUCCUCGUGAAUCAGCUGAUCAGGAAACUCGCUGAAUGUUGCAAACACGAUGUGUUGACCACAUGCAGUUAAAAUCACAUUUUAACAAUGGCUCAUUUAAAAGCGGAAGCACAGGAAGAUUUGAUCUUUAACUCUAUCUUUAACGGAUUAGUUCGAGCUAAUGUGGUUUGGUGUUUGCAGUAGCUGCAUCAUAGGACAUCUGUUCAAAAUUGCCCAGUGAAGCUACAGCAUGGAUCCCUUGGGAGCUCGUUCCCAGUUUGUGGAGGUCCAGAACCUACCCACGUGGGACCAGUCUCAGGGAGUCCAGGACGAGGUGGAUGGAGAAAACCAAUUAACAGAGGAAGAUGACCAGCUGACUAAUCAGCUCAAUUCUUUAGAGUCCCCUUUCCUCUUCAGACAAGACAUCAACAGCAAGAUUGUAUUAUUUAAUGGAGAUGUGGCACUGUUAAACUGCACUGCAAUCAUCAGUACAAGUAAUGAGACACUAACGGACAAGAACCCUGUAUCAGACAGUAUCCAUAGAUAUGCCGGACCUGAACUAAGGGAUGAACUACUCAAACUGAAAGGAUGUCGAACCGGUGAAGCAAAAAUGACAGAGGGUUUCAACUUGGCUGCACGUUUUAUAAUUCACACAGUUGGACCCAAAUAUAAAGCCAAGUACCGGACGGCUGCAGAGAGCUCUCUUUACAGCUGUUACAGAAACAUCAUGCAGCUUGCCAAGGAACACGCCAUGGCAUCUGUGGGUUUGUGUGUGGUCAGCACAGUCAAAAGGGCAUAUCCGCUGGAGGAUGCCACACAUAUAGCAUUAAGGACUGUUCGUAGAUUUCUGGAGAACCAUGGUGAAAAUAUUGAGACUGUAGUGUUUGCUGUUUCCGAUGUUGAGGAGCCAGUGUACAGGAAGUUAAUGCCGUUGUAUUACCCAUGCUCAAAAAAAGAAGAGAAGAUCAGUCUGCCUCUCCUCCCUGCCGACAUUGGUAAUACUGAGGGGGAGCCCGUGGUCCCGGAGAGACAGAUCCGCAUUGCCGAAAAGCCAGGAAAUCUAGAAGAUGACUCUGCGGAUGACUCACUAGAAUAUAUAUAUAUAUAUAUAUAUAUACAUAUACACAGCUCAGUUCUGCAGGAUGAGUUCAUUAAACAGGAUGAGGCUGAAAUAUCUAAUGUGUUUCUCCAGAUUUGCUGCAUGGUUAGGGGCUUAUGCACCUUUUGCAGUGGGUGUGAGAAAACAUCCUUCCAUAAUAUAGUUCUAUCACAAUGCAAUUUUUUUCUCUCAUUUUCAGGUGUUGAUUUGUGUGGUAGGACAGUCAUGGUUGUUGUUGGCAGGAAUAUUCCAGUUACAAUUAUUGAUAUGGAGAAGGCUUUGCUGUAUUUCAUCCACGUGAUGGACCAUAUCACGGUGAAGGAGUAUGUGAUGGUGUAUUUCCACACACUCACUGGUGAGCACAACCACCUGGACACCGACUUUCUCAAGAAGCUUUCUGACAUUGUGGAUGCCAAGUUUAAGAAAAACCUGAGGGCUUUCUACUUCGUUCAUCCAACGUUCCGCACCAAGGUCUCUACAUGGUUCUUCACAACAUUCAGUGUAUCAGGCCUUAAAGAGAAAGUCCAUCACAUAGAGAACCUCCAGCAGCUCUUCACCUGCAUCCUGCCUGAGCAGAUCGACAUCCCUCCUUUCGUCUUGGAGUAUGACACACGGGUUAACAGCCUUUAUUACACGGCUCAGUCCUCAGGCCUGUGAUGGUGUCAGAUAAACCCAGAGCUGAGGAGUUUGACAGGACCUGCCACUUUUCACCGGGCAAACACUCAACCCAAUGACCCCGACUCUGAUGUGAACAAGAUGAACACAGACAAAAGUGCAUCUUUGCCGUUCCUGAUGGGCAAGUUUUCUCUGUGAUGGUGAGAGACUCUUGAUCAAUAAUGCUGUAUAAACACAUCCUGCUGAACGUGCUGUCACUGAAGGAACCGCCUGCCUGACCCAAGCUGUUUUUGGACAAGGUAUGUUUGUGUGGUGUGUGGAUGAAGAGACUGAAUUUGACAAACAUACUAAACCAAUGUUUUGUACCAGUGUCUGCGUGAAUAAUGGCUGGAAAUAGCCGAAACAAUUCUGGUUUGAAUUUCUUAUGUCCUUGUCCAUCAUCUGAAAGCCUCAUAUUUUGCUGUUUUGUAGUUUCAUCUCAUUUUGUCUGCAAAGUCACUAGAAGGAGCAGCAUUUUGCUUUUAUCUUGAUUCUCUCUUUUUUUUUUUUCAGUCACCAAGCACUUUUACAGCUUUAUCUGAGGUGUUAAACAACCAUCACUACAGUUUCUUGAGGUUUGACAGGAAGCAACUUUUCCUCGUGUGUGAGCGAUGUGAUGUUGGAAAGAUUGCUUUGUAAAGCUCUAAUAUCAGGUUGGCCUGUUGAGAUUUCCAUUAGCCUAAUAAUAAUACUCCUUUCUUCUGUUCCUUUAAGUAUGGUACAUCAGUGUUCUGGUGGCUUCACCUGAGGUACACUAAAAUCUUGCAGUGCACCUGUUUGUGUUUCGUUUUAAGCAGAUUUACAAGCUUGGCCAAAGGAAUAUCACAGACAGAGGUCUGAUCUCAAAGUGAAGCACUGUAAAUAGAUCAUUGUAGAUACUACAGAUGCUUUCUGGUAUUAUUAAUUCCGUUUUUUUUAGUCUGCCCUUACUGUAGCCAUGCAGUGAUUCAUGUGCUAAAUUUCAUACCAUUUUAAAUGAAGUAUGACGUAUGAAUUAUGAUGAUGAAGAAAGUAAUAUUUGAAUAAACAGAAUAUAAACA